CCGGUCGCGGGCGCAGCUCGGUAGCGCCGGCGCACUGGCGCGCUCCGUUUACACGCUCCGGGGCCUGUAGGCGCCGCGAGUUCCGGCUGUCGCCGUCGCCGCCGCAGCUCCUGGAGGUCGGUUGCGACGCGUAACGACGCCGGGACGAGCGCUGCGCCUUCUUCUCCGAUAUGUACCCGAAUUGGGGCCGGUAUGGCGGGAGCAGCCACUAUCCGCCGCCGCCGGUCCCGCCGCCACCGCCGGUGGCGCUUCCUGAGGCCUCGCCGGGGCCCGGGUACUCGAGCUCGACGACUCCCGCGGCCCCCUCCUCUUCUGGCUUCAUGAGCUUCCGCGAGCAGCACCUGGCGCAGCUCCAGCAGCUGCAGCAGAUGCACCAGAAGCAAAUGCAGUGCGUGCUCCAGCCCCAUCACCUUCCUCCGCCCCCCCUGCCGCCCCCGCCGGUGAUGCCGGGGGGCGGCUACGGGGACUGGCAGCCACCGCCGCCGCCGAUGCCCCCGCCACCUGGGCCGGCUCUCAGCUAUCAGAAGCAGCAGCAGUACAAACACCAGAUGCUCCACCACCAACGAGACGGGCCUCCUGGUUUGGUUCCCAUGGAGCUGGAUUCUCCCCCUGAAUCUCCCCCAGUACCGCCAGGGUCUUACAUGCCCCCGUCUCAAUCUUACAUGCCUCCACCUCAGCCACCACCCUCGUACUACCCCCCGGCCUCGUCUCAGCCCUACCUGCCUCCCGCUCAGCCGUCCCCUUCUCAGUCCCCACCUUCCCAGUCCUACCUGGCGCCCACCCCAUCUUAUUCUUCCUCUUCCUCUUCCUCGCAGUCCUAUUUGAGCCAUUCCCAGUCCUACUUGCCCUCUUCUCAGGCAUCUCCUUCCCGCCCCUCCCAAGGCCAUUCUAAAUCCCAGCUGCUAGCUCCGCCACCGCCGUCCGCCCCUUCUGGGAAUAAGACAACUGUCCAGCAAGAGCCUUUGGAGAGCGGGUCCAAGAACAAGAGUGCUGAACAGCAGCAAGCUGCCCCUGAGCCAGAUCCCUCUACGAUGACUCCACAGGAACAGCAGCAGUACUGGUAUCGACAGCACCUGCUUAGUUUGCAGCAGAGGACAAAAGUGCAUUUGCCGGGACACAAAAAAGGUCCUGUUGUAGCAAAGGAUGCAGCUGAGCCAGUAAAGGAAGAAGUUACUGUACCUGCCACCAGCCAAGUACCAGAACCCCCUCCAUCAGAGGAGCCCCCAUUACCACCCCCUAACGAGGACGUACCACCUCCUCUCCCACCUGAGGAACCCCAGUCUGAGGACCCAGAAGAAGAUGCCAGGUUAAAACAGUUGCAGGCUGCAGCAGCACACUGGCAGCAGCACCAGCAGCAUCGAGUUGGCUUCCAGUAUCAGGGAAUAAUGCAGAAGCACACUCAGUUACAGCAGAUCCUACAACAGUACCAGCAGAUUAUACAGCAUCCACCACAUAUACAGACCAUGUCUGUAGAUAUGCAGAUGCGGCAUUAUGAGAUGCAGCAGCAGCAGUUUCAACAUCUCUACCAAGAAUGGGAGCGAGAGUUCCAGCUGUGGGAGGAACAGCUUCAUUCCUAUCCUCACAAAGAUCAGCUUCAGGAGUAUGAGAAGCAAUGGAAAACAUGGCAGGGACAUAUGAAAGCCACUCAGACCUAUCUCCAGGAGAAAGUCACUUCAUUUCAGAACAUGAAGAACCAGUAUAUGGGGAACAUGUCCAUGCCGCCACCUUUUGUCCCAUAUUCUCAGAUGCCUCCACCUCUACCAACAAUGCCUCCUCCGGUAUUGCCUCCAUCAUUGCCACCACCAGUGAUGCCCCCUGCCCUGCCUACUUCAGUGCCACCACCUGGCAUGCCCCCACCUGUGAUGCCACCUUCUCUGCCAACCUCUGUGCCCCCACCUGUGAUGCCUCCAUCUCUCUCUUCUGCAGGGCCACCACCAGUUCUACCCCCGCCUUCCCUCUCUUCUGCAGGGCCGCCACCAGUUCUUCCCCCACCGUCUCUCCCUUCAACAGCGCCUCCACCUGUUAUGCCCCUCCCACCAUUAUCUUCAGCCACACCUCCUCCAGGAAUACCUCCCCCUGGAGUUCCACAAGGGAUACCUCCUCAGUUAACAACAGCCCCAGUUCCACCAGCCUCCAGUUCUCAGAACUCACAAGUUCCAGAGAAACCUAGACCAGCACUGCUUCCCACUCCUGUGUCUUUUGGUUCAGCCCCACCCUCAACUUACCAUCCUCCAUUGCAAUCAGCCAUUGGCCCAUCUGAACAAGUGAAUUCUAAAGCUCCACUGAGCAAGUCUGCUCUGCCGUACAGUUCAUUCUCAUCUGAGCAAGGACUUGGGGAGUCUUCAGCUGCUCCAUCUCAGCCAAUCACUGCAGUCAAGGACAUGCCAGGGAGGUCAGGUGGAUUGCUUCCAGAUCCUCCUAGAAGCAGUUACUUGGAAGGUCCAAGAGGCCCAAGAUUUGAUGGUCCUCGAAGAUUUGAGGAUUUAGGGUCAAGGUGUGAAGGACCGAGACCCAAAGGGCCUCGUUUUGAAGGAAAUCGCCCCGAUGGGCCAAGACCCAGAUAUGAAGGUCACCCAACAGAGGGCGCUAAAAGCAAAUGGGGAAUGAUUCCCCGGGGGCCAGCAUCUCAGUUCUAUAUUACCCCCAAUACAUCCCUCAGUCCUCGACAGAGUGGACCACAGUGGAAAGGCCCCAAACCAGCUUUUGGACAGCAACAUCAGCAGCAACCUAAGUCACAAGCAGAACCAGGAAACAAAGAACCAUUAGCAGACACCAGUAGUAACCAGCAGAAGAAUUUUAAAAUGCAAUCAGCUGCAUUUUCCAUUGCUGCAGAUGUAAAGGAUGCCAAGGCGGCUCAGUCAAAUGAGAAUCUAAGCGACUCUCAACAAGAGCCACCUAAAAGCGAAGUCUCGGAAGGGCCCAUAGAGCCUUCUAAUUGGGACCAGAAUUCUCAAAGUAUGGAGACUCAAAUGGACAAAGCCCAAGCUGUUACUCAGCCUGUACCCCUUGCAAAUAAACCUGUACCUUCUCAAUCUACUUUUCCCUCAAAAACAGGGGGGAUGGAGGGAGGAACAGCAGUAGCAACAUCAUCAUCACUAACUGCCGAUAAUGAUUUUAAACCUUUGGGUAUUGGUCUUCCCCAUUCAGAAAACAACCAAGAUAAAGGGCUGCCUCGGCCAGAUAACAGAGAUAAUAGGUUAGAAGGCAAUCGAGGCAGCAGCUCAUCUUACAGAGGUCCUGGGCAAAGCAGAAUGGAAGACACACGGGAUAAAGGACUAGUAAAUAGAGGUCGAGGCCAGGCAAUCAGCCGUGGCCCAGGGCUGGUCAAGCAAGAAGACUUUCGUGAUAAAAUGAUGGGUAGAAGAGAAGACAGUCGAGAGAAGAUGAGUAGAGGAGAAGGCAGCCGGGACAGAGGGUUGGUGAGGCCAGGAAGCAGUCGGGAGAAAAUGCCAGGUGGUCUGCAAGGCAGCCAGGAGAGGGGUAGAGCUGGCAGCCGAGAAAGGGGACCACCUCGGAGGGCUGGCAGUCAGGAGAGAGGACCCCCUCGAAGACCUGGGAGUAGAGAGAGAGUACCACCCCGAAGAGCCGGGAGCAGGGAGACGGGACCACCUCGAGGGCCUGGCAGUCGGGAAAGGGGUCUGGGAAGACCAGAGUUUGGUCGUGACAGAGGUCCAUUUAGACCAGAACCAGGAGAUGGUGGGGAAAAAAUGUAUUCGUAUCACCGAGAUGAGCCUCCUAGGGCAACGUGGAACCAUGGAGAAGAGAGAGGGCAUGAAGAGUUCCCAUUAGAUGGUAGAAAUGCUCCAGUGGAACGAGAAAGACUUGAUGAUUGGGAUAGAGAGAGAUACUGGAGAGAAUGUGAACAUGACUAUCAAGAUGAUACACUAGAUUCCUAUAACAGAGAGGACAGGUUUCCGGCACCAUCUCGAUCUCACGAUGGAGAUAGACGAGGCCCUUGGUGGGAUGAUUGGGAGAGAGAUCAGGAUAUGGAUGAGGACUACAACAGGGAAAUGGACAGGGACUUGGACAGGGAUGUGGAUCGGAUUGGAAGACCUAUGGAUAUGUAUGAUAGAAAUUUGGAUAAUGAGUGGGACAGAGAUUAUGGGAGACCACUGGAUGAACAAGAAUCACAGUUCCGUGAACGAGAUAUUCCAUCUCUUCCACCUUUACCACCCCUCCCACCUCUUCCACCUGUGGAUAGAUAUCGGGAUGAUAGAUGGAGAGAAGAAAGAAAUCGAGACCAUGGGUAUGAUCGAGAUUUCCGUGAUAGGGGUGAGUUGAGGAUCCGAGAGUACCCAGAAAGAGGAGAUACGUGGCGGGAAAAGCGAGAUUAUAUUCCUGACAGAAUGGACUGGGAAAGAGAACGAUUGUCAGACAGAUGGUACCCAUCUGAUGUGGAUAGACAUUCCCCCAUGGCGGAACAUAUGCCCUCCUCACAUCAUUCUUCUGAAAUGAUGGGGUCGGAUGCAAACUUAGACUCUGACCAAGGCCUUGGAGGGGUAAUGGUUCUCAGUCAGAGGCAGCAUGAAAUCAUUUUGAAAGCUGCACAAGAACUGAAAAUGCUUCGAGAACAGAAAGAACAGCUUCAAAAGAUGAAAGACUAUGGGUCUGAGCCACAGAUGCCUGACCAUCUACCACCCCAGGAUUCGAGAUUGCAGAAUACAUCUUCAAGACCUGGAAUGUAUCCGCCUCCAGGAUCCUAUAGACCACCCCCUCCUAUGGGUAAACCACCAGGUUCAAUUGUAAGACCCUCUGCUCCACCAGCAAGAUCAUCUGUUCCUGUGACCAGGCCGCCUAUCCCAAUACCGCCACCGCCACCCCCUCCUCCUCCGCCGCCACCUCCUCCUCCAGUGAUAAAGCCACAGACUUCAGCUAUGGAACAAGAACGCUGGGAUGAAGAUUCUUUCUAUGGCCUCUGGGAUACAAAUGAUGAACAAGGACUGAAUUCGGAAUUUAAACCUGAAGCUGCAACGAUUCCAUCUGCUCCAGUGUUACCACCCCCACCUGUUCACCCUUCCAUCCCUCCUCCUGGCCCGGUGCCUAUGGGUAUGCCACCAAUGUCCAAACCACCGCCAGUGCAGCAGACUGUCGAUUAUGGCCAUGGCCGAGACAUAUCCACAAAUAAAGUUGAGCAGAUACCCUAUGGAGAAAGAAUAACUCUGCGUCCAGAUCCACUACCUGAAAGAUCAACUUUUGAAACAGAGCAUGUAGGCCAACGAGAUCGUUAUGAUAGAGACAGAGAUCGUGAGCCUUAUUUUGAUCGUCAAAGUAAUGUCAUGGCAGAUCAUCGAGAUUUCAAAAGGGAUCGGGAGACACAUAGAGAUCGAGACCGGGAUCGUGGUGUUAUUGACUAUGACCGGGAUCGAUUUGACAGAGAACGCCGACCUCGAGAUGAUAGGACUCAGUCAUAUCGAGACAAAAAAGACCAUUCCUCAUCCAGAAGAGGGGGAUUUGAUAGGCCAUCCUAUGAUCGGAAGUCUGACCGACCAGCCUAUGAAGGACCGUCCAUGUUUGGAGGAGAACGAAGAACUUACCCAGAGGAGCGAAUGCCCCUGCCAGCUCCUUCACUAAGCCACCAGCCACCUCCAGCUCCGCGGGUUGAGAAGAAACCUGAAUCUAAGAAUGUGGAUGAUAUUUUGAAACCACCUGGCCGAGAGAGCAGACCUGAGAGAAUUGUUGUUAUAAUGAGAGGAUUGCCUGGCAGUGGAAAGACACAUGUUGCGAAACUUAUUCGAGAUAAGGAGGUAGAAUUUGGAGGACCUGCACCCAGAGUUCUAAGCCUGGAUGAUUACUUCAUCGCUGAAGUGGAAAAAGAAGAAAAAGAUCCAGAUUCUGGAAAGAAAGUGAAAAAAAAGGUAAUGGAAUAUGAAUAUGAAGCUGAGAUGGAGGAAACCUACCGCACCAGCAUGUUCAAAACUUUCAAAAAGACUCUGGAUGAUGGCUUUUUCCCUUUCAUCAUCCUGGAUGCCAUCAAUGACAGAGUUAGACAUUUUGACCAGUUUUGGAGUGCAGCAAAAACCAAGGGAUUUGAGGUGUAUUUGGCUGAAAUGAGUGCAGAUAACCAGACUUGUAGCAAGAGGAAUAUUCAUGGAAGAAAGCUUAAAGAAAUAAAUAAGAUGGCUGAUCACUGGGAAACGGCGCCUCGUCAUAUGAUGCGUCUGGACAUUCGUUCUUUGCUGCAAGAUGCUGCUAUUGAAGAGGUGGAGAUGGAAGAUUUUGAUGCAAAUAUUGAAGAACAGAAGGAUGAAAAGAAAGAUGCAGAGGAAGAGGAAAGCGAACUGGGUUACAUUCCGAAAAGCAAAUGGGAGAUGGACACAUCUGAGGCAAAGCUAGACAAGUUGGAUGGCUUGAGAACUGGUACUAAAAGGAAACGUGACUGGGAGGCUAUUGCCAGCAGAAUGGAGGAUUAUCUUCAGCUCCCUGAUGAUUAUGACACUCGUGCUUCUGAGCCUGGGAAGAAGAGGCUUACAAGAUCUUAGUUUCCUGACCAGGGAUUGAACCCCGGUCCUCGGCAGUGAAAGCACAGAGUCCUAACUACUGGACUGCCAGGGAAUUCCCUACCGUUCUUUUUAAAUGCCUGCCUAGUGUGCCAUUGUUUGGCUGAAUAAUCAGUUAUUUAUCCAGUCCCUUAUCAGUGGAUGCUUAUGCUGUUUUCAUUUUAUUGCUAAUAUAAUACUCUGGUGAAAGUCAUAUGCAUACAUCUUGGCAUCUUUUUGACAGUAUAUCUCUAGGGAAUAUUUUUAGUCUUAAAGCUGCAAGCUCAUAGAAUAUGAUUUAUCAUUCUGACAGAUAUUGUGAGAUUGUUUUCCAAAAAGAUUGCACCUAUUUAUACACCCACAUGUAAGGAAAUGCCUGUUUUUCCACACUUGCACCAACAGUGCUGUUAUUGAACUUUUUAACUUUUGACAAUCUAAUCGGUGAAAAAAAAAAGGUAUCUCAUUUUUCAUUUCUCUAAGUAAGAAUGAAGUUAAUAAUAAUUUCAUCAUCAUUACACAUCAUUUCUUUUUAUGAAUUCUCUUAGUAAUUCAAUAUUAAAAGGAUAUUUAUUAAGAGAAUAAAAAUGCCAGUAAAACUUCAUUACAGUGGAUACCAUUACAAAGGACUCCAGGUUUCAAAGCUCUUUCAAAUACUGCAGACAGUCCCUAGACCUGCCCUUGUCUGUGUCUUGAGACCUGGUUAGUGGCCUUCUGUAUGUGCCCAGCUCCACGCAGGGACUACUUGUCUUGAUACCUCUUAUUCCAGUUUUAAGGUUGGGGCAACAGAAAAGUAGAAACAGCUCUUCCUUGGGCAUAAUAAUUUGGUGUAACAGUGAAUAAUUCCAAAUGAGAAAUAUUUUUCUCUAGUUCAUUUUUAGUCAGGUAACUGUUACUCUCUUCAGUCAGGAGUAUGUGAUCCCAUGUAAUUUACUUUGUAAGCUGGGUGGACAAAGAGCAUGAGCGGUUCACAUCCUAAUUCUUGUGGCUCCUCUUUUCACUCUCCUCCUUGCCUCCCACCCUCAUUUCAAAUAGCUUUUUUUUUCUUGAGGAGAUAGUAAUUUUUUUAACAUUUUUAUUGGAGUAUAAUUGCUUUACAAUGGUGUGUUAGUUUCUACUUUAUAUCAAAGUGAAUCAGCUUCAAAUAGUUUUUAACACUCAAACCACUUACCAAAAUCAACAUCAGAGCACAAGGAAAUCCUACAGGUAGCCAGGAAUGCAGGACUCAUUACUCAUUCCUUUCCUGGGGUCUCUCUCUUUUUUUUUUUUUUUUUUUUUUUUUGCGGUAUGCGGGCCUCUCACUGUUGUGGCCUUUCCCGUUGCGGAGCACAGGCUCCGGACGCGCAGGCUCAGUGGCCAUGGCUCACGGGCCCAGCCGCUCCGCGGCAUGUGGGAUCCUCCUGGACCGGGGCACGAACCCGUGUCCCCUGCAUCGGCAGGUGGACUCUCAACCACUGCACCACCAGUGAAGCCCUCCUGGGGUCUCUUGAUUUCUAGAAUUCAGCUUUUUAUAAAUAUUGGGCAGGUUUCUGGGAUUAAUUUACACUGUAACACAAAGGUAGUUCUGUAGAGUUGAUAUUAGAAUUUUACCAAAAUGGCUAGGUUUUAAAAUAUAAUUUAUUUUUUUAAAUUUCCACGUGCUUAGUUGGGUAUAAAAUGGACUUUAAUUUGUGUUUCUUUGAUAACUGUGGAAAAGUGAACAUUUCUCUUGUUUGCUGAACUCAUACAUUUCAGAAAUAUUUUUGGUGACAACGGAUAAAAUAUAUGUAUCUGAAACUUUUGCAUAUUGGUCAAGAGUUUUCUUUAUUAUAACUUUUUUUUUCUUUUUACAGUUAAGAUAAAUGGCAAAAAAUUGAGAUUGUAAAUCUCAGUAAAAGUACCUCUAGGAAGAUUAGGAGGGACACUGACAUUUAAGAAGCUAUUUCUAGUUGAAAGUCAUUAUUUUGCUCCAUAUAUUUUUAGUGUUUUUGGUAAUUAUUCAUUCCUUCUACAGUGUUGUAUGUCUGUGUGUCAGGUCUGUGCAAUUGGAGGCCACUUAAGGGGUGGACCUCCGCUGGAGGAGCCUGACAUGUAAAUAAAUAAUGUUGAUAUAGCAUCAGUUUUAAAGACUUAGAAUUUAAACUACAGAUUUAAAAAUUAGCUGUUAGUUUACUCAGGGCAAGAUUGAUUAGUGUUUAACUCUGUGCUAAGGAAGUACUGUGGACUGGUUACCGUUUCUUUGUUCAGUGGCCACAAUCCAUCUGUCCAUCCAUCCAUCCAUUCUUCAUUCCCCUUAACCAUAGUCAUCUUUUGCUAAAAUGUAUACCCUUGAUCCCAGGGAGAGCUGGGAGAGGGGUGCAUGAAUCUGUCAAAAUAAAUACAUCAGCAUUAAUGGGCAGAAGGCCCAGAGAUCUUGGUACACAGAAGCCCACAUUGUUUAUUAAAAUAGCUUUUUACUGAGGCCCAUGAAAGAAAUUGAGUCAUAGGUUUUCUACCCACAAAAAAUCUACUUUAAAAAGAGUCAGGUGUUAUCAGUUUUCCCCCACAGCUGUUACUGUGUAUCUUAUCUUUGGCUAACUGGUUGCUAAAAACAGUGGUGGUGGUGGAGGAGAAGAAGCCUAGUCAUUUGAUUACCAUUCCUAUAAAUGAUAAUAGGGAGGGUCAGUGUACCUCUAAGAGCAAUUACACAUUUCCAGGUGCAGCACGGUUGAGCAUGCUCCGGUUCCCUUUCCUUGUCACAGAUCACAAUCACAAUAAAUCACAAGCCAUAUUUAAAAUACAAUCUCUGCAGACUUUGGUACUAGGUAUUGCAAACCACAGUUUCAUAGUCUCUUUUAAGUAUUUCAUGUUUUAGAGGAUAUAUCUGCUUAUAUUUUUUAAAUUACUACCAUAACAUGUAAGAAUCCAUAUUUUAAAAAUAUCAGAAUACCAAUAGAAAAUAUCCCUGAUCUAUAUAUUUGUAGUUAUAAUCUUGCCAUAAAUGGUGUCAACUGAGUCUGUCUCUUGGUCUCUUCAUCUCAUAAAUGAAAGUAAUCAUACCAGCUCCCUGUUUUCUAAGGAUAAAUUUCAAAAAAAUUUAUUAUGUGGAGAUAAAUAAAACUUAGUCUUUCGGGACUUCCCUGGUGGCGCAGUGGUUAAGAAUCCACCUGCCAAUGCAGGGGACAUGGUUUCGAUCCCUGGUCUGGGAAGAUCCCACAUGCCGGAGCAACUAAGCCUGUGAGCCACAACUACUGAGCCCAGGCGCUGAGACGACUGAAGCCCGGGUGCCUAGAGCCCAUGCUCUGCAACAAGAGAAGCCACUGUAAUGAGAAGCCCACGCGCUGCAACGAAGAGUAGCCCCCGCUCGCCGCAACUAGAGAAAGCCCGCGCGUAGCAACGAAGACCCAAUGCAGCCAAAAAUAAAUAAGUUUUUUAAAAAAGAAAAAAACAACAACUCAGUCUUUGAUCUAGGGUGUAUAUGGUCUGUUAGGGAAGAGAGAUCUGUAAGUGGAUAAUUGCAAUAUAGUAUGGAAGUUCAAAACUAGACAUGUCAAAAUCCAGAAGUAACUCCCGGGAAGCAACGAUUAAUUAUUUGAUUGGCAAAGGACAAGAGGGAUAAAGCAAGGGUUGAUGACUAGACUCAUGCCGGGUGGACCAGGUUAGAACAAAGACGUUUCAGGAAGAGAGACUAGUUUGUGCA